AUGGCAAUUCUCCUGUUCUGCGUAGCCGAAGAGGCUAAGCCUUUCAUCUCCAAAAUCAUGUCUGUCGAGCAGUCUGAAAACGCUUGGUUCUUUGCGCUUGCCGAGUCUCGCGAGGGCCCUGCCGAGAAUGGCAUAUUCAAGAACAAGACCCGAGAAGGAGCGACUGUCGAGACAGACUUCAUUGGAGCCCCUGAGCAAGACUGCCGAGUUUGGGGACAGGAGCAGAUGCAGCGCUGGAAUACCAUCGACAAGGGACUGCUUGCGAUUGCGGACCAACGCACGGCACGGGAUGAAACCAUCUCAUUACAGUUCUUCAAUGAAGACUCGGACGACCUGGAGUUUGACGGUUACGGCAAACUUCCAGCCGAAAACCAGAAGUGGUACAACUUCAGAGUCAAGUACGCAGACUCGUUCCAAAUCUACGCGGCACUGACGGAAGGCGCUAUUGAUGUGGUCUACCCAACGUAUUUUGGACGUCAGCAGGAGCUCACUGGCGAGGAUGGCGUAUUUGACGUGGAAAGAGCAGAGAAGCUAUGCGUUGAGUAA